GCGCAACAAUUCCAGCGACCAUUGUUACUUUACAAGUAGUUACUCCUGUAACACACAAGUAUCGCCGCCACCACCAAGCGCCAUGGCUGCACGCAACUUCCCGAGGUUCCGGAAUUUGCCUACGGAGCUACGAUUGCAGAUCUGGUCGUCCUGCAUACCUGACCCGCGAGUCGUCGAGAUGGACUUUCCAGUAUCGAGCUUUCAUAACAUUAUUCCGGCCGACCCUCCCCGAGAGCUGUGGUCGUCGCCGGCUGGUCGGGCCCCACUGGUAUCUCACGUCCGUCAGUGCCGGCUUUUUGCUUCCAUUCGAGCCCAAGAGGUCAAAACCCUCCUGGCCGAGCAUCUCUACGGGUAUCGACCAUGAAGUCUUAAGGUACUUCAGCCCGCACCGUCUCUACUACGUAGUCGGUCAUGGUCGAGAUCCACAGCUCGGCCGAGGAGGCCGCGCAGGCCGGGGUGUUUGGCGUCCUGGGCGAGGAGCCUAUCCGGCUUGGUAAUCCGAGGGACACGGCAAUGAUUGCCAAGUUUCGGGACGUCUGGACACGCCACCAAUCCGGGUCACCUUCGGACCAGGAGCGAGACGUGUCCGAGUUCUUCACCGCGAUCGACGACGCCGACGCAAUACUGCGCACGCGUCGAGCGGUGGCGCCAAAACCUGGACAAAGUUUGGUUGUGGCUAAAGGGCGAGGACCUGAACGUCCCAUGGGCGACUCGCCAGGAAUUCUGGCCAAACUGGGGAACUGUCAAUCUGGCCGAGGAUAGGGAUCCGGAUGGGAAUCACAUUUUGAUUCCCGAGGGUU